AAGUGUUUCACGGUAAGGUCUACACUUGUUGUAAUCUGAUACAGUCACGGGGAGAUGCCAGGCAGGUAUGCAUGAGAGCGUGUCUGUACAAUACAUGGCCUGUAUAUGACAUAUUACAGUCAGUGACGUGUCCUUCAUUCUAAUCUACAGUACACCAUUACUGCGCAUAACCAGACUCCUAAUUUCCUGUAAACCCUACCCCGACUGUUGAAGAGAAGUACAGUUCAGCAUUUGAACUCUUCAGCGCUCCAGGCUUCACACAUGCCUUAACUCCAGGAUUCUAAUUUACAUUGGGAUUUAAACUGUUAGAGAUACUGAACUACUAUUCUGACUCAAAACGGUGACUUUCCAGAAGCUGAAACAGUAAUGUAGAAGUUCUGCUUUCCUGUAACUUCACCUUUCUGGAGGUGUUUCACCAAACUCAAUUACCAAAGGGCUGUUUGUGACCUUCACUCUCCCGAACACAACACCGGGAUUCUUAUGUACAAAGUUAGAAUUAACGGCUAAAGUGUACUGCCAGUAGUGCUGUUGCUGUAUCUGGUGUUCUACGAUGACAACAUCUAUUCCUGUCCCUAAGCUGCUGAUGGACAUUCUGGAAGAGCUGGGUGAAAAUGACCUGAAAAGAUUUCAGUGGUACAUGAUUCAGAACAAGUUUGAAAGCUGUCCCUCCAUCCCAUCAAGUCAACUGCAGAAUGCAAAGAAGGAGGAAACAGUGGAUAUGCUGGUGCGGACCUAUGGAGAGAAUAUGGCUGUGGAUGUCACACUGGAUAUCCUACGUAGAAUGAAAAACAAUCAUCUUGCUGACCAGUUAACUGAAGCUUGGAAGGAGCGUAUAAAGAUCUCUCCGUCAGUGGCACCAUCUGAGAAAAUGGCUUCCAGAUCGUCUCUCCCAGAGGAGGAUCUCUCUUGUCCUGUGUGUGGUGAAAUCUUUGAGCGUCCUCUCAUCCUGUCCUGUAGCCACAGCUUCUGUAAAGAAUGUCUGGAGAAGACCUGGAAAAAGACCACAUCUCGGGACUGUCCACUUUGCAGGAGCACAUCUUCGAUCGAAUUACCUAACCUGGCUUUGAAGAACUUGUGUGAGUCCUUCUUACAGAAGACUGAAAAGAGAGCUCAUACGAGUUUGGAUGAAGUCUCAUUCCAGACUGGCCUAAAGCCCCUUGAGGAGAAGCUGAAGGACUUUAAGAAAAUUCAACAAAUCUGUGCUCAAACAACUAAACACAUUAAGAGCCAGGCCCGGAACACAGAGAGGCAGAUUGAGGAGGAGUUUGAGAAGCUUUACCAGUUUCUACGACAGGAAGAGAAGGCCAGGAUAGCUGCAGUGGGGGAGGAAGAGCAGCAGAAGAUUCAGAUGAUGAAGAAGAUUGAAGAGAUGACCAGGGGUACAUUAUCACUUUCAGACACAAUCAGAGAUAUAGAGGAGCUGCGAACUGAAGACAUCUCAUUGGUGCAGAACUACAAGGCCAUGAUAGAAAAGACCCAGCGCACACUGCCCAAUCCAAAGUUCCUCUCAGGAGCACUGAUAAAUGUAGCCAAACACCUGGGCAACCUGCAGUUCAGAAUCUGGGAGAAGAUGCAGGGGAUCAUCAAACACACUCCCGUGAUUCUGGACCCCAACACUGCCGCCCCUUGGCUUUCUCUGUCUGACGAUCUGACCAGUGUGAGUCAAAAAUGGCAGCAGCAACCUAUGAACCUAGAAAGGUUUGAGAAUUAUCAAAUUGUACUGGGCUCUGAAGGGUUCAGCUCAGGAAAGCACAGCUGGGAGGUGGAGGUGGGGGACCAUCCUCUCUGGGAUAUGGGUGUGGCCGAAGAGUCCAUCGAGAGGAAGAAAAAUCUGACUGUGUCACCAGAAUGUGGAAUCUGGGCUAUUUGGUUGAGGAACAGCAAGUACAUAGCAGGAGUAGGUGGGAUCCUCCCUCUGCAGAGGAGACCCCAGAGGAUCAAAGUGCAGCUGGACUAUGACAGUGGGGAGGUAUCUUUCUACGACUCCAAAUAUAUGACUCACAUCUACACUUAUAAAGACAUUAAAUUUAAAGAGAGGAUGUACCCAUACUGUAUGGUUGGACCCAGUAGUAAUGCCACCAACCCUGAUAUAAAGAUCUGCCAAUCAGAGGUGUCUCUGACAAUAUUAUCUCAGUGAGGUGUGUGUUUCUGUGUGUCUUUGUGUGUGUGAAUUAUUAACUUUCAUAAUGAUGGUGAUUAUGUCUUAAAUGAAAUCAGAUGAGAGAUUAAUCUGUUCAUCUCUGUUAGUGUGUCAAGUGAAAUAAUGUGUGUGUGAUUCUAGUUUCUCACAAUAAUGGUCAACUGGUAUAAUUUCUACUCUUAAAUUCUGUAUAAUAGUGUAUUGUGUGUGUGUGGUGGUUGGGGGGGGCUAUUUUAUUUUAUCCACCUGUUGACUUUGUUGAAUUUUGUAUUUGAAUUAUUCUACAUCCAUUUUUGAAUUUAUAAGUAAAUUAUAUUUACCCAUUGAUUGUUGAAGAAUAUACUGUAUGUUAUAAAUGCCUCAUGAGCUUAGUACAACUGUCAAACCCCAUCAGAACCCUUAUCAAACUGUAUUUGUCACAUGCUUCAUAGACAACCUGUGUAGACUAACAGUGAAAUGCUUACUGAUGGGUCCUUUACCAUCAAUGCAGUUAGAUAAGAUAAGAAAUAGUGAGAAAAUCUAAUAAAAAUGUGAAAUAGUGACAUGAGGAAUAAAUACACAGUGAAUAAAAAUAAAGAGUAUAAAUAACAUGGCUAUAUACAGGGAGUAGAAAAGCACAUAGAGUACAGGGAGUACCAGCACCAAGUUGUGCAAGGAUAC